AGUUCUCCUGUCUCUCUCUAUCUGACUGCAGGAUUGAAUGCUGAUGAAGUGAAAAACCCUAGUCCUAAGCUUCCACGUACCAGAAAAAUGCCUCCGAGGAAAAAACCCAAUCCUUCUUCUUCAUCAUCUUCUUCGUCCAAGAAGUCCAACCCAAGCAACAACCAACAGCAGCCCUGCAAGUUUGGCAUCCAGCAUUUCUUCGAGCGCCACACUCAGAACGCCCUCUUAGCCUCCCAGAAUCCUAACAAUGUCACCGCUUCCAACGCCGGUGUUUCGUCCUCUCCCAAUGCCAAUCCCGUCGCCGUUUCGAGCUCCCGAAACCCCGCGGAUGGUCCGAGUUCGGGGCCGGUUGAUCUCGAGAAAUCGGUGUUACCUGUUCAAAACGCGAUAAAUGAUUCUAAUUCUGGACGUAUUGGUCCUAAUAAUGAUGUUUUGACCUCGAGAAACCGUAAAAAUGUACCGAAUUUGCAAAAUGUAGAUCCCAAUCUUGAGGUUUUGGCAUCUCGGGAACCUAGAAACAGGUCGGAUUCACGAACGAGUAAUCUAAAUAAUGCGUCGCAGAAUACGCCGCCUGCUAAUUUGGACACGAUGGGUGUUAAUGCAGACAAGGACCUGUCCGAAGUGUCCCCAGAGAUUUCCAAGUCUGUGUCCCACAAGCGCUUCAAGUUCUCGCCUGGAAUGUUGAUAAAGCAGAGCCAGGACGAUGGAGGUGAUGAAGUGACAUGGAAGAUAUCUCCGGUGAAUGAAAGACUCCAGGCAGUUUCAAAACGCAUACCAGAGAUGAUGAGAGUGUUGGCCGACUCUUCAAGGCUCAAUGCUUCGCACCUUCAGCAAUGCUCACUGAACAAGGGUAUGGUACGGACUUCUCCUAGUAAAGCUGACCAGGUUGAAAAGUGGCUUUCGUCACCAACAAAAAAGGCUGCUGAAAAAUCUUUGGUAGCCACUAACAGAGUUGGUUUAAAAAGGGUUAACCCGGAUCAGGAUACUGGUUCAUGUGGAAAUAGAAGUGAAUUGACCAGCGCUGGAGCUGCUAGUAGGCAGAGUCCGUUCCGAACUCCGCCAUCUCUAUCAUAUUGCCAUGAUAAGAUAGCUAAUGGUGUUGUAUGUAAUGGAGCAUCUGAUCUGCAUGGUUUAAGACAGCACAAAAAGGCAUUGCUUGAACUUCUGGAUCAAGUAGAAGAUGUCAUUUCUGUUGAAGACUCAUUAUCUAGUGACAUGGAAGCAUAUUCAACCAAAGUUCAUAACAGAGAUGGUGAUGGAAUAUCUGUCAAACUUGAUCGUGCAGUAGAAAGAAUGGCAAUGAAUUUACCAGCAGAGGUCAAUGGGGCUUCUUCCCAUUGUAAUUUUCUAGUAUUAGAGGUGUCUGAGAGGCCUAGACCUGCUGUCUCAUCUGGUGCUGAGGGCCCAUAUAAGGUUCUUCGUCUACUGAAUGAGCAUAGCGGAGAAGAGUGUGCUGUGUAUUUGUGGGAAGAGUGGUAUUAUGGUGUAGUUGCACCUGGAGAUACUGUGAAUGUCAUUGGUAACUUUGAUGAGCAAGGAAAGUGUGACAUAGAUCGUGACAGCAAUUUUAUAAUCGUUCAUCCCGAUAUAUUGCUGUCUGGAACCCGGGUUGCUGCUAGUUUCAGUUGCCCAAGGCGAACAAUUCUAGAUGAGAGGCUAAAGUGCAAUGAGUAUUCAACGGCAGCAUUAAUUGGUACCUUGCUGCACCAAAUUUUUCAGGCUGGACUUAUUAAGGAAAGUCCUACUAUAAAAUUCUUGGAGGAAUAUGCUGGAGUUGUGCUCCAGAAAAACAUGGAAAGCUUAUAUGCAUGUGGAGUAAAUGAAAAUGAUAUACGGAAAACCUUGAUUGAGGCUGUACCAAAAUUAUUGAAUUGGAUCAUCACGUUCAAAGAUCCACAGGAUUCAAAAGCUCAUGUUGAUUUUGGAUCCGAUGACGGGCUGAAAAAAGUUAACCUAUCCGAGGUAAUUGAUAUUGAGGAGAUGGCGUGGGCCCCUAAAUAUGGUUUGAAAGGGAUGAUUGAUGCUUCUGUCAGAGUCAGUGUGAAAUCAAACAGAAAUGAAGCUAAUGAGAAGAUUAUGCCUUUAGAGUUUAAAACUGGAAAAGUACCCAAUGGCCAGUCAUCUAUGGAACACUCUGCACAAGUAAUCUUAUACACUCUCCUCAUGUCUGAGAGGUACCAGAAGCAUAUUGAUUGUGGUCUUUUAUACUAUCUUCAGUCAGAUCAGACACAGGGAAUUGCGGUUCGAAGAUCUGACUUGGUUGGGCUUGUUAUGCGUCGUAAUGAACUUGCAAGUCAUAUUCUCAAGGCAUCAACAAUGCAACAAUUACCCCCUAUGUUACAGAGUCUGAGCAUGUGUAAUGGUUGUCGCCAUCUUAAUGUCUGUAGUAUCUAUCAUAAGGCGCAUGGUGGAAGCACUGAAAGUAGUGGAUUAGGUGAUCUGUUUGAUUCAAAUACUAGCCACCUAACUGUAGCUCAUGGCAAGUUCCUUCGGCAUUGGGAUUGGUUGAUUGACUUAGAAGCUAAAGAGAUUGAGCUUGCGAAGAAAAAGAUCUGGUGUCCUCGUAGUUUGAAGCAUGAUAAGUCCACUAGUUUCCUUUCUUCUCUUGUUCUUGAUGCUUCAGAGGAACUUCCGCAUCAUGAGCCUCUUAAAGACAAGCGGUUCAUUUAUCGUUUUGUGCAUCAAGAUCUACCAGCAUUCAAUAUGAAAGCAUCUGAUGGAGAUUCUUUAUGUGUUGCCUCUUCUCCGAGAAAUUAUAUGGACAGCAUGCUUAGAAGUGGAGACUAUGUGAUACUUAGCACUGAACCUGGCCGUAUAACUAUCGCAAAUGGGGUCAUUACAGAGAUAAGUCGCUUUCAUGUUUCUGUUUCUUUUUCCAAGUGUCUCCGGCUUCCUGGGAGCAAUCCUUCUUCAGAGGCACAUGAUCUUUUUGAAGAGGUUUGGCGGAUUGACAAGGAUGAAAUUAUGACUUCAUUUGCAGUUAUGAGGCUUAACCUUGUACAACUUUUUCUACGAAGUGCAAAAAGUACCCAUCUACGGAAGAUGAUCGUUGAUCUUGAGGCUCCUAAAUUUGACAAUGGAUGUAUAUUCAGCCAAGAUCCAGCAAUAUCUUAUGUCUGGUCCGAAAGGAAUUUGAAUGAUGAUCAGCGUCGGGCUAUUCUUAAGAUACUUACAGCAAAGGAUUACGCUCUAAUACUAGGAAUGCCUGGAACCGGCAAGACUUCUACAAUGGUGCAUGCUGUAAAAGCCUUGUUGAUGAGAGGGACAUCCAUCUUGCUGACAUCCUAUACAAACUCCGCUGUUGAUAAUUUGCUUAUAAAAUUAAAAGCUCAGGGCAUCGAUUUUGUACGUAUUGGAAGACCUGAAGCUGUGCAUGAAGAAGUUCGGGGAAAUUGUUUUUCAGCAAUGAACAUACACAGUGUUGAAGAUGUCAAAAUAAGAUUAGACCAAGUCAAAGUUGUUGCAGUUACUUGUCUUGGAAUUACCAGUCCUUUGCUUUCCAACAAGAGAUUUGAUGUAUGCAUCAUGGAUGAAGCUGGACAGACUAGCCUUCCAGUAUCACUGGGACCCUUGAUGUUUGCUUCAACAUUUGUCCUUGUUGGUGAUCAUUAUCAACUACCUCCUCUUGUCCAGAGUACAGAGGCUCGGGAGAAUGGGAUGGGAGUAAGCCUGUUUUGCAGGCUAUCAGAAGCACAUCCUCAGGCAAUUUCAGCACUGCAGAGCCAGUAUCGAAUGUGUCAAGGCAUUAUGGAACUAUCAAAUACCUUAAUAUAUGGUGACAGAUUACGUUGUGGUUCUUCUGAAAUAGCUAAUGCCAGACUUGGGCUUUCUGGUUUGAAAUCUUGUUCAUCAUGGCUAGAGGAGGUUUUAAACCCAACAAAUCCAGUCAUAUUUAUUGAUACAGAUAUUUUACCUGCUUUUGAGGAGAGAGAUCAAAAGACUCUGAAUAAUCCUAUUGAAGCUUACAUAAUUGCAGAGAUCACAGAGAAGUUGGUUGAGAAUGGAAUUGAAGGGGAGGAUAUUGGCAUCAUUACGCCUUAUAAUUCUCAGGCAAAUCUUAUCCGCCGCUCUGUAUGCAUAACCUCUGUGGAGAUACAUACUAUUGAUAAAUACCAGGGAAGAGACAAGGACUGCAUACUGGUGUCAUUUGUUAGGUCAAGUGAAAAUCCAAGGGAUUGCUCUGGCUCACUUCUUGGUGACUGGCAUAGGAUUAAUGUGGCUCUCACCCGAGCAAAGAAAAAGUUGAUAAUGGUGGGGUCAUGCAAAACCCUAUCAAAGGUUCCACUACUGAAGCUUAUGAUCGGGAAAGUUGAUGAGCAAUCAGGCAUCCUUAGUGUGUCCAAGAAAGAUAUCAAUUACAAGGGAGAGCUGAAGAGAUGCUCUCAGUUCAGAUAAGAUUUUUCUUCCCAUUUUUGUCACUGUAGAUAAAAAAUAAAAUUUUGAUUCAUCUCUUUCCAUUUCCCAAUAUAAAAUAUUAUGUAUACAAGGGAGAGCUGAAGACACGGAAUUGUAAAUGAAUGUUUCUUGAAUUGAAAUCCACGUUUUCUCGUA